CAGACGAAUGUGACUAAAUUAUUUUUAGAUAGGAAUUUCUUCCUUCUCUUUACUGUUUGUCUCUUUACAGCACAUCCAACCAGAUCAUCAUGCUGUUAAAUGGGACGAGCAUCCAUGUAAAUAAAUCCUCACUCCUUGCCUCGAUCACCCCUUCCGCUUUGUCUUCUACAACUCCUCCUCUUACUAUCAUGAGCAGCCCUGGAGGAACUAUCGCUGGUGCGCUAAUCCUCAGCAUGGCCUUUCUCCUGGGUGUUCCUGGCAACCUCUUCGUCAUCUGGAGCAUCGUGGUCCGAACGAGACGCCAAUCGGUCACCACCCUGCUCAUCCUUAACCUGGCCUGUGCUGACGGAGCCCUUAUGGUCCUUACACCUUUCUUUAUCGCUUACCUCAUUAAACGGAGCUGGGUUUUUGGUCUGGCUAUGUGCAAGGCGAUGUAUUACCUCUGCUGUGCCAACAUGUACGCGUCCAUCUUUAUGAUCACGCUGAUGAGCCUUCACAGGGUGGUGGCCGUGGUAUGGCCUCAUAGAGUCAGAACCAUUACUGGCCGAAGGAAAGUGGCGCGGGCGAUCGCGGUGCUCUGGAUACUGGCGCUGGCCUUGUCUGUGCCUGUUUUGGUGUUCAGAGAGACAUAUAGGAUGCUGAAUGGUGAAACACGGAUGUAUGUACACGUGUGUGACUGCAAACAUGACCAGCCCAAAUAUGCAGUAAUGCAGUACACUAUGGAGACUCUGCUGGCGUUCAUACUACCGUACAGCUUAAUGUUGGCCAGUUAUCUGUGUAUACUGCACAGAAUUCGGCAGACACGCUUCGAAAGACGAAUCCGCACCGAGAAGCUUAUUUUGGCCAUAGUUGUCACCUUUGCUGUCCUAUGGCUGCCCUACCAUAUCGUUAACAUGAUGCAGGUAACAGAGGUGCUAAAACCUGAAUAUCGGAAAAUACAUCAGAUCCGGACAGCCCUGCGACCCUUUGCGUCUGCCAUGGCCUUUGUCAGCAGCUGCAUCAACCCCAUCCUCUACAUGUUUGCAGGAAAGUCCUACAUGCGCCGUGCAGGUCUGGCUUUCAUGGCACGACUUUUCGAUGCUACAGGACGUGAUUCAUCAUCCCGAAAAACAUGCCGGAGCAGUCAGAUCAACAAAGUCCAGCAAGAAGGGGAAGCAGAGCGACUGCGUAAUAAGGAGACAAAUUCCACCACCAGCGGCAAUAGCAGUGACGAUAUCAAACCUACAGAAAUGCAAAAUGGAAAUUAGUGCAUUGAAAUAUGCACUGUGUGAA